UCUUCUCAGUGUCGAGAUGUCAGGUCGCGGUAAAGGAGGGAAAGGUCUCGGUAAGGGCGGCGCCAAGCGCCACCGGAAGGUUCUGCGUGAUAACAUCCAGGGUAUCACCAAACCCGCCAUCCGCCGGCUGGCUCGCCGCGGCGGAGUGAAGCGGAUCUCCGGGCUGAUCUACGAGGAGACCCGCGGGGUGCUCAAGGUUUUCCUGGAGAAUGUGAUCCGUGACGCCGUCACCUACACCGAGCACGCCAAGAGGAAGACGGUGACCGCCAUGGACGUGGUGUACGCGCUGAAGAGACAGGGCCGCACCCUGUACGGCUUCGGAGGCUGAACGCACCGGAUGUGACCUCACGACCCAACGGCUCUUUUAAGAGCCACACACCGAGUCCGAGAGGAGACAAAGUCCUGAGAGAUCGAAGCAACAACUGGUGCUGCUCAUCACAUGAGAGCUGCAGGUCCACAACCACUGACCAGACAGGCUGUUGACACCCGACACCACAGACACAUCACUGGCUCCCAUCACAGAUCUUUGUUAUAACUGCUUCUGUCUGAGUUUAAAGCCUGUGAAUAAGAAAACAACAGACAUGAUGAAACAAAUCAACAGACUUCAUCACAGGAAACGUCUGAGCGUCUUUAAGAUGUCCUUUAAUUUAUAUUAAUCGUCCACUCAUUGAAUGAUUCAUGAGCACCAUGUUGUUAUAGUCAGGAUCGUGUGGCCAAAUAAAAACAUCUGGAACAUCAUUAAAUGGCAAAGAUAUUAAUGCUGUAUAUUUUUUAUUAAUAUAAAUACUGUUUAUUCUCCACUUCUCUGCCUAACAAUGCAUUUAUCUAACUUGAACUUUUCUCAUACUGUAUAUUUUACUGUUUCUUUGGCACCAGACUGUAUUUUACAAUAAGUGAUAAUAAAAUAAAAACUAAAUUGAUAAA